UGACGACCGAAAGAACCAAAGAAUAUAAAUUCCUGCAGUCACAAAACUUUGAAGUCUAAAUUAACAAAACGCGUUGCGAGUCUGACGCGGCUUGGUUCGUGCGACGCCCCGUAGCUCCGCGAGCGUCACGCUGGGUGCGUGGUCGCUGUUGCCUUAGCGGGAUCGAUCGCGGUGCUGGGCCUCUCCUAGGUCGACUCAGCCUCAAAUGAAUACGUGGUGAGGUAACGGGGGAGCGCUGCGCCGUCUCGUUGCGGGGGUCGCCGCGAUGCCGGAGCCGUGCGAGGCUGAGCUGGAGGACAUUGAGGACAUCCUGGGGGAGGGCGACGAGGUGGGGGGGCGCCCCCCACGGCCCCACCUCGUCCCCCGCGCCCGCCGCCGGGGGGCUCACGCGACCCAGCGGGAGGAAGUGCUCGCUGACAGCGUGAUCCCCGGCACGCACUCCGUGUACGUGCGCACGUGGGGCUGCUCGCACAACAGCUCCGACGCGGAGUACAUGGCGGGGCAGCUCGCCGCCUACGGCUACCGCAUCACAGACGACCCGAGUGAGGCCGACCUCUGGCUGCUCAACAGCUGCACAGUGAAGGGCCCAGCCGAGGACCACUUCCGCAACGCCGUGCAGAAGGCCUUGGCUGAUGGCCACAAGGUGGUGGUGUCAGGCUGCGUCCCACAGGCCCAGCCUCGCCUAGGCUACAUAAAAGGCCUCAGCGUUGUUGGGGUGCAGCAGAUCGACCGCGUCGUGGAGGUGGUUGAGGAGACCCUGAAAGGUCACACGGUGCGUCUGUUCGGGCAGAAGAAGGAGAAUGGGAAGCGUUUAGGGGGCGCCCCCCUGGACCUCCCCAAGAUCCGCAAGAACCCGCUCAUAGAGAUCAUCUCCAUCAACACGGGGUGCCUCAACGCGUGCACCUACUGCAAGACGAAGCACGCCCGCGGAGAGCUCGCCAGCUACCCCGUGGAGCAGCUGGUGGAGAGGGCACAGCAGUCCUUCCAAGAGGGCGUGCGCGAGCUGUGGCUCACGAGCGAGGACACGGGCGCCUAUGGGCGCGACCUGGGCACCGACCUGCCGACGCUGCUGUGGCGCCUCGUGGACACGGUGCCGGAGGGGGCCAUGAUGCGGCUGGGCAUGACCAACCCACCCUACAUCCUCGAGCACCUGGAGGAGAUGGCGCGCGUGCUGAGCCACCCGCGCGUCUACGCCUUCCUGCACGUGCCGGUGCAGUCAGGCUCCGACGCCGUGCUGUCCGCCAUGCGGCGCGAGUACAGCGCCGACGACUUCCGCCACGUCGUGCGCUUCCUGCGGGAGAGGGUCCCUGGCAUCACCGUCGCCACGGACAUCAUCUGCGGCUUCCCCGGCGAGACGGAGGAGGACUUUGCGGAGACCGUGCGGCUGGUGGAGGAGUUCCGCUUCCCCAGCCUCUUCAUCAACCAGUUCUACCCACGGCCUGGCACGCCCGCGGCGCGCAUGCCACCCGUGCCCGCCUACGAGAAAAAGCAGAGAACAAAGGAGCUGUCCCAGCUGUUCCGUUCCUACAACACGUAUGGGCACAAGGUCGGGGAGCGGCAGCUGGUGCUGGUGACGGAGGAGUCGUUUGACGGGCAGUUCUACGUGGCACACAACAAGUGUUACGAUCAGGUGCUCGUUCCCCGUGACCCCGCGCUCAUGGGCCGCAUGGUGGAGGUGGACAUCGUGGAGGCCGGGAAGCACUUCCUGAAGGGGCGCCCCGUUGAGCCGACCACCACCACCACCACCACCACGCCGCCGCCGCCCCUCGCUCGCCCGCUCCCCCGUGGCGCUGUGUCGGGCCUCCUGCUCCAGCGGGAACCGGCGUCGUGCCAGGCUGGCGGCUGCUGCGGGGGCGGUGAACGUGCCGGGGGGGGGUGCCCGGGGCCCCCCACCGCGGGGGCCUCCCUACGGGCCCGCGUGGCCCCCGCGGUGCGUGCGGCGGGGCUGGCGCUGGCCCUGGCCGUGGGGGCGGCGGCGGCGCUGGUGGAGAUCGCUCGCGCGGCCUCCUGGGCGCUCGCACCCUCCCCGCACGGGGACUCCGUGGGGUGACUUCACGGGGUGACUUCUCAGCCGGGUGACUCCGUGGGGUGACUCGCACAGUCAGCAGGGUGACUCAGCAAGGCCUUCACCUCCACGAGGGUGACUCAACUGGUCGCUCAUGUGAAUGAGACUGUCGUGGUCUCUUGAGUUCUCGCCUGGUGAAACUCGUGACACUUGAACUCACCUGCCUCCUCGCUGACUCCUUCACUCAGCCACUCACCCACCUGGCCAGCCAGGCAGCCACUCACUCAUCUAGGUCACCCUUCCCAUCGAGACGCUUGUCCGGGCCUCUUGAGUCCUCGCCCGGUUAAACAAAGUCAACUCCACCAAACCUCGCCGGAGCCCAACGCUGGUUUAGAUCACACGCGCUCCCAUUUGCAGUCAAAAAACAAAAACCCCACAACACCGUCCAUGCAUGAAACAACAACCCUCCUGCUCGUGUGUGCAUAGGGCGGUAGUCGUGUGUGCGUACCGCUGUGUGUGUGUGUGCGCGUGUGUGCUGUGUGUAUAUGGCAGCGUGCCGUGUGUACGGCUGUUCUGCUGCUGUGUGGAGCUGGCAAAAUAAAGUGCCAUUAUUUUCCGCUUAAACACAA